AUGGCUGAAUGUCGUAAUCCGGGCCAGGUGGAUGGAUUAGAAGACAUCCUGAAAACCAAGCCGAGCGUUGAGAGGGACCAGAGAAUCAGGGAACUGGUUGCUGCACUUGCCAAGGAGAGGGACACAUUGAAAGACCACUUGAGUAUUGUAGAGGACAAAGGCUUCGUGCUGGUGCUGGGAGAUGAUACUCUCAAACAACAAGUGGCAGACCUGAAAGAACAGCUUAGAGUGCUCCAAAUUGCAGCUGACACUUACAAAGAAGAUUUUCUGAGGGAGAGAAACGACAGAGCCUCAGCUCAUGGGGCAAAGGACGAUUUCAAGAAAGCUAUGGAAAAAACUGAAGCGGAGAAUAGACAACUCAAACAGAGACUCGUAAGGAGUGACUCGACCAAUCGGUCAAACACGAAUGGAGGAAACAGAUCACCUGAAAACUCCACUGCUUCUGACCAGAAGUGCAGAGAACUAAGAAAUCAUGUCCAUCAACUGGAGGAGGUGGUCCAGCAGUUACAGAGGCAGUUGGAACGAGCUCUGGCUGAAUCCAUUGAGCUGAAUGAGCUAAAAUGCCGUCAAAAGCAGCAGGAAGAGUACGCUCACGCACUGGAGCAGGAGAGGGACCAACUACGACAGCAGAUAGUGAGAAGUUCUCACAACGAUGUUUGGCUCUCCCGAUCAAACGGGCACUUGCCUUUGAGACCAGCUGUACGCGGUGGCAGACCUGUCAUGCUUACCAAUAUCGGUGGAGAGAACAUACCUGUGUACCACGGUGUCCAAUUCCCGGUCCGGGAUAAGCCCAUUCCAAUGCAUUGUUCCGAAAUGUUCCCAGGCUUACAAGAUCAACGGCCAGUUUUCAAUCCUUUUGAGAGUGAAGAUGGACCUCCUAUUCGAGCAAUAGACCCGGGGCUUAUGCACACUGAGGGGGGCGUGCCUAACCACUACAUGCUCGGACAAUAUAAUCAUCCCACCUCCCCCAUUGCAUCGUCAGCACGCCCUUCGAACAUGUACGCUGGACAACAAUCGACUAACAGUUACGGUAAUUUGUCACCCAGUACCCCAUCACCUCACACUGAUGCUGCCCUAGAGAGAAACGAUUCUCCAGUCUUUAGUGGCAGUUUUGAUGAGAGUCCGUGUAACGAGCGCAGACAACCUCAGUACAAUGCAUCAAAUGUGCCCAUGCCUCAACAACAACCCAACAUCCCUACCAAUUAUCACGUAAACCCACAUCAGCAAGGAGCACAGACUUUGUAUCGAAAUUUACCACUUCAUUUGAGUCAUCCAGGCGGAGCUGGCAUUCCAUCACCAAAUACCCGUAAAAGAUUUGAGCAACCUCAAACACAAAGCCCCUCUCAACCUCCAUCACUACCCCCAAAGCAAAGGCAAAACUAUGACUACCCCCGGCAUAUGAACUCUGACCGAGAUCAAAUUUUACCAGCUCUACCUCCAAAACCUAAUGGAAAUUUCCAAUCCAGACAGCUACAAUACUCUACCCCUCACCGCGAAGAGAUUGCAACACCACCACUUCCACCUAAACCUGCGAGAGCCGAACAAAGAAACACUGCAGGCUACUGUGAGAGCAAAGCUGCGGCUUUACAAACAAUCGGUGAUCAACCAGAGAACGUAACUAUUUCUGAUCUUCCACCAUCGCAUAUUGUAGCUACAAGCAGUUCCUACAUGCUUGAUGGGCUGGAUGGUAAGGACAGUCGGAGUCGGGAUACCAACGAACAUGCUCCAUUCGAUCCAAACCUUGUGUGUCCGGUAUGCAAGAAGAAGUUUAGAUAUGAUGAGACGCAGAAAUGUAGAACCCACAUUCGCCGUUGCCUUGGAGAUAGAGAGGAAAGAGUACAAGAAUGGAAUCACAGGAUGGCUAGUGGCACAGAACCAUUCUCUCAACAGCAUAGCUUGAAUAAGACGUCCUCUACUGCUGAGCGGACACGAUCUGAUACCGAGGAUUCACGGCCACCUGGACAGGAGAAGAGGAACCUGGUGAGCAGAGGAGCUGGUGAUGACAUUCUCCCUUCACCACCAACACCAAUCCCUCGAAAACGUUCUAUAAGAAAAUAAUGGUCGUGGUUACUACUUCAUGUAAAUCUUCACAAAAUAUGCAAAUCAACAGCUAUAUACCAUUCAUACUGUUCCUAUUGUUCUGUAUAUACUAUAUACUGUUCCCAGCGUUUUUACGGUUCCCAGUGUUUAUUGUGUGCUUUAUUUGUGUUCAAUUCAAUUUUUGUAUUCCAAAUUUUCUUCAUGAAUGUUAAUUAGGCCA